AAGUGGUUUUAAAUAUAGGUCUCCUCAUUACGUUUCAUUAUAAACAUCUACACUUACAACUACUAUUGGGUCAUUAAUCGAUGUUUAAGAAAUCCUUUGUUUUCGACAUUUUUCAAAUUUCAGGAUCAAUCCGGAGGCAGAAGAUAAUAUUCGAUUAUUUUGAAACUUUUUAUAUAACUUCUUAUAAUCAUGUAUCUAACACAAUUUUACUGCUAUAAGAAAUUAAAACAAAACGACUAUUGUUUUUCAUACAAACGUGACCCAAUAUUUAGGUGACUUCACAUAAACGAAGUCGCAAGGUAUACCUACAUACUAGGUAUGACACAUGCAUAAAUUAAAUGCAGUUUAUACAACUGCAUUUAAUUUAUGCAUGCGUAUUUAAACAACAAAAUAAGCAUUCACUUUCAAUGAAUCAUUUACAAGCAGACGUUUGAAAAUGUAUUUAUUAAUAACUACAUUUAUACUAAUGUUUGGAGUAACACGGAAUCAUGCAGAAGAUGUAAUAGUGAGAGUGGAGCAAGGCGUGUUGAGAGGAGAACAAAAAGUGACAGUCACAGGAGACACAGUGUACUACAGUUUUAAAGGUAUUCCGUAUGCAGCACCGCCCACUGGCCGCUGGAGAUUUAUGGCUCCUCGACCUCCACUCACUUGGACAGGAAUCCGGAAUGCCACUAAACAUGGACAUGUGUGUCCACAAAUUAACGGUGUACAAACCAUGUUGUUCCUGCCUGGUAGUGAAGAUUGUCUUUUUCUAAAUGUUUAUUCUCCAUGCUUGGAUCCAGAAUCACCUCUUGCAGUUAUGGUUUAUAUACAUGGAGGUGGUUAUUCUUUUGGUUCUGGAAAUGAUGAUUAUUACGGUCCAGAUUUUUUAAUGAACUCAAAAAAUGUCAUUCUUGUGACAAUAAAUUAUAGACUUGACACUUUAGGCUUUCUAUGUCUGGACAUUAAAGAAGUACCAGGUAAUGCGGGUAUGAAGGAUCAAGUAGCAGCAUUGAAAUGGAUACAAACAAAUAUAAAAAGCUUUGGUGGUGAUCCAAAGAAAGUCACCCUUGUUGGUGAAAGUGCAGGAGCUGUUUCAUGUGCUCUACACGCUGUGUCUCCUAUGAGUCGAGGACUAUUUCAUCGGAUAAUACCAAUGAGUUCAGGGCCAUUUAAUGAAUUUAAUACUGAAUUUGAACAAACACGUAGGGCUUAUAUAUUAGGAAACAAUUUAGGCUUCAAAACCACUAAUCCUAAAGCAUUACUACAAUAUCUGCAGACUGUUCCUGUAAGACAAUUACUAAAUACAAAUGUAUCGGUCAUAGCAGCUGAAAAUUAUAUGCAUUUUUUAGUGAAAGGAUAUUAUUUGGUACCAGUUGUAGAAAAAAAAUUAGGUCAAGAACCAUUUUUAGCAGAAUCAUUUGAGGUGUUAAUAAAGAGAGGAUUACAUGAGGCAGACACAUUACUAGGACAUGCCUCAAAAGAAGGACUAUUUGUUAUAUCGUAUUAUGAAAACGGACCAACAUUCGAAAAUUUUAAAAGAAACCCUGAAGUUUUGCUACCGAGAACAUUAUUAUAUAACUCCACACCACGGACGUAUAUGACACUUGCAGAUUUAAUUCAAGAAUUUUACACUGGAUCGCGACUAACGCCGUUGGAUACGGUGCAGCAACUUGUGAACUACUUUACGGAUGUUUUUACUUAUCCUAUAUUUAGAUACGCAAGACGUCUAUCCAAUUUCAACAGAAACGAUAACAUAUACAUGUAUCAGUUUGCAAGUGUAUCAAACCGCAAUGUUUUAAGCCAAGAAGGUGCUCGAUAUGGAUUAGAUGGAGUCUCUCACACUGAAGAUCUACGGUAUCUGUUUCACCCAAAUGCUUUAAAUUUACCCAUCGACGAGAACUCAUCUAAAUUGAUAAAGCAGUUUGUUGCCUUGCUGACAAACUUUGCAAUAUUUGGAAAACCAACACCUGACUCGAGUUUCAUCUGGCCCAAAUAUACUACUAGUUCAGAAAAGUACGUGGUUGUCGGACAGAACUUGACAAUGGCAGCUCAUCCAAGUCCAGCUAUGGUUAAUUUCUGGGAAUAUAUUUUUCACCUAGCCGGUCAAAAGUUUUAAAUAUUUUCUUACUUAUAAUUAUAAUAUAAAAUAAUCCGUUUCCACUUGAAAAUAAAUAUUGAUAACAUAAAGUAUGUGUAUUAUUAACGUAUUUUGAUAUUUGUUGUUAUCAACCCAUAACUGCUGAGCUCGAGUCUCCUCUCAGAAUGAGAGGGGUUAGGCCAAUAGUCCACCACGCUGGUCCAAUGCGGAUUGGCAGACUUCACACACGCAGAGAAUUAAGAAAAUUCUCUGGUAUGCAGGUUUCCUCACGAUGUUUUCCUUCACCGUUUGUGACACGUGAUAUUUAAUUUAUUAAAAUGCACUCAACUAAAAAGUUGGAGUUGUAUGCCCCGGACCGGAUUCGAACUCACACCCCCCGGAAUCGGAGGCAGAGGUCAUAUCCACUAGGCUAUCAACGACACCGACUUUUGAUAUUUACGAGUAGGAACAUAUUUGUACUCAUAUUUAUAACAUGUUCUGACU